AACCGGUGCGUAAUCAAUUUUAGAAAAUACAAAACUAGUAUAUACCGGUUACACCCCUACCUGCAACCAUUCUGGGGGGCUUCUAGGAUUUUGCUCUUCGGCCAAAAAGAUUUGAAAAACUCUGUAAUCUCUUUCACCAUGACUAUUACCUUCAGAGCAAACACCGAGCUAUCCCGCUGUGUAGCUUGUUCAAUUAGACCGUCUGAUCACAAUUCCAGCCCAAUCCAACGAUAUGCACACAGGUGUACUUUCAAUAGGUUUGCAAAUGGGUUUCAACCACUAUCAAUGGCUUCCAACCAAUUAGGUUCAGCAAGAAGAAUGAGGAAUAGCGGCCAUCGUGUGUUUUCGAUGACGAAGAACAGUUCCAGUGACAGUCUAACAUACAAGGAUGCUGGUGUCGACAUUGAUGCUGGCUCUGAACUUGUUCAUAGGAUUGCCAAAAUGGCACCGGGAAUUGGUGGCUUCGGAGGACUUUUCCCUCUUGGUGAUUCAUACCUUGUUGCCGGUACAGAUGGUGUGGGAACUAAACUUAAGCUUGCAUUUGAAACUGGAAUCCACGAAACUAUUGGGAUUGAUCUGGUUGCGAUGAGUGUCAACGACAUUGUUACUUCUGGAGCAAAGCCAUUAUUUUUCCUUGAUUAUUUUGCCACUAGUCACCUUGAUGUUGACCUUGCUGAAAAGGUUAUAAAAGGCAUUGUUGAUGGUUGCCAACAAUCUGAUUGCAUUCUUUUAGGAGGCGAGACUGCAGAGAUGCCAGAUUUUUAUGCUGAUGGUGAAUAUGAUCUCAGUGGCUUUGCAGUUGGCAUUGUAAAAAGGGAUGCGGUUAUUAAUGGGAGAGACAUUGUGGCUGGAGACGUUCUCAUUGGCCUCCCAUCCAGUGGUGUUCAUUCCAAUGGUUUCUCCCUAGUAAGAAGGGUUCUCAGUCGAAGUGGCCUUUCUCUGAAGGAUAAACUUCCUGGUGAAGAUGUAACAUUAGGUGAAGCUUUGAUGGCCCCAACUGUUAUCUAUGUUAAGCAGGUACUUGACUUAAUCAGCAAGGGUGGCAUUAAGGGGAUUGCCCACAUCACAGGUGGUGGUUUCACAGACAAUAUACCUCGUGUAUUUCCAAAAGGCCUUGGAGCUGUCAUCCAUUCGAAUUCUUGGGAUGUGCCAACUCUGUUCAAGUGGAUUCAAGAGGUGGGAAAAAUAGAUGAUGCUGAAAUGAGACGGACUUUUAAUAUGGGCAUUGGGAUGGUUCUAGUUGUGAGCAAGGAGGCGUCUCACAGAAUACUCAAGGAUGGAGAUGGAGCUUAUAAAGCAUAUCAUAUCGGUGAGGUUGUAAGUGGUGGUGGAGUGAGCUAUCAUUAAAUUGUGCAUCAUGUGUUCCGUGUACUGAUUUUUAGCAUCCUGUUGAUGGGACGAACUAUAGGGGGAUUGUGGCAUAUACAUCCGUUGUAAUAGAUGAAUAUGAGGGAAUUAUGAUCACAUAAAAGCUCUUUUAUAGGACUUGUAACUUUGAAUGAUUAACAUUAGGCGAUUUUGGUGGAAAACUUAAUAGAUGUUAGAAUCUUUC